UUGUUUUUUAAGGGAUUUGAUCAGUGUCCAAUAAAUUCUCAUAAAUACAUUACUGAUUUCGAAUGCACUGGAACAGAGAAAAGACUCAUUCAUGAGUCAAUGUUAUCUUUUUAUUCUGGACAUUCAGCAUUCAGCUUUUAUGUGGCAUGUUUUACUUCACUUUAUUUACAAGCUCGGCUAUAUAAACCAGUCUUUAGUCGAUUAUUUCUUCCUGUCGUUCAGUUUGCUUUGUUCGGUUGUGCAGCUUUUGUAGCAUAUACGAGAGUUAGUAAUUAUAAACAUCACUGGUCGGAUGUUUUAAUUGGAUGUUUCGUUGGAUCCAUAAUUGGUAUCAUUGUGGCUGUAUUUGUUGCUGAAGUGUUUAAUCGUCGUGAGAUUCCACUCUGCGAUGAAAAUCGACGACAAGAACCAUUCGGCUUGAUACCUUCUACGAAAGCACCAACUGCAGAUGUUGAAAGUGGAUUACACCCUAUCGACGAUAAUGGUAGGCCUAUUAAUGCGGCACGUACUAUAAUGGUAACACAGGAAUAUUCAUCAAAUCAUCCUCACCAAAUCGAUAGUCAACCACUUCAGAGCCAAAAUGUGUAA